AUGGAGCAUAAUGAGUCUGCCCCAGAUGCUGAUAAAAUCCACCAGAAUCGCUUGUCGAGCGUUACAGAAGAUGAAGACCAAGACGCAGCUCUCACCAUUGUGACUGUGCUGGACAAAGUAGCUUCCAUCGUGGACAGUGUGCAGGCAAGUCAGAAGAGGAUCGAAGAGAGACACAGGGAGAUGGAAAACGCCAUCAAAUCUGUGCAGAUUGACGUGUUAAAGCUCUCCCAGUCACACAGCAACAUGGGCUAUCUUGUGAACAAGCUGUUUGAGAAAACCCGGAAAAUCAGUGCUCACAUUAAAGAUGUGAAGGCCCGUGUAGAGAAGCAACAAGUGCAUGUUACUAAAGUUGAAUCCAAGCAAGAGGAGAUCAUGAAGAAAAAUAAAUUCCGUGUGGUCAUCUUCCAGGAGAAGACACGGUGUCCGACAACCCUGUCUAUCGUUAAAGACCCAAACCUAACGGAAAAUCAGGAGGAGGAUGACAAUGUCUUUGACCCUCCCAUUGAUCUGUCCUCUGAUGAAGAAUAUUAUAUUGAAGAAAGCAGAUCUGCUAGGUUUAAAAAGUCAGGCAAGGAACGCAUCGAUAAUAUCAAAAAGGCCUUUUCCAAAGAGAACAUGCAGAAGACGCGGCAGAACAUCGACAAGAAAGUGAACAGAAUUCGAACUAGGAUCGUGACCCCUGAGAGGAGAGAGAGGCUUAGGCAGUCAGGCGAGAGGCUGAAGCAGUCUGGAGAGAGGCUGAGGCAGUCUGGGGAGAGAUUUAAGAAAUCCAUUUCGAAUGCAGCACCUUCCAAGGAAGCGUUUAAGAUGCGAAGCCUUAGAAAAACAAAGGCCCGAACUGGGGCUGAGGGCCAGGAGGGCAUCAAGGACAUGGGCGUCGACAUCAUUGCCAGGAGCGAGCUGGGCCCCAUCAGUGAGCUGUACCCCGACGAGCUCAGUGGAACAGAACGUGAAGAGGCCAGAGAAGCAUAUCCUCCCCACGAAGAAGGGGACGUCCCAACCCCUGAGCCUCUAAAGGUUACUUUCAAACCUCAGGUCAAAGUAGAGGAUGAUGAAUCUCUCUUGUUAGACUUAAAGCAGUCAGCGUAA